AUGGAAUAUGGUGCCUUAGUGCAAAAUUGUGCGUUGGCCGAGUGUGGAUCAGAGGAAGAACUGAUAGAGGAGCUGCUGGUAGAAGGUUGCUGGGUGGAAACGAGUGGUGUUGGGAGCGAAGAAACUGAGGUUGGGAAGAGAUGGUGGAUUGGACCCAGGGCAAAUCCUGAGCCAUCAUCAUCUGUGAAAGAGAGAUUAGUUGUUGCUGUUGAGUACUUGAAAGAAUACACAAAGAACGCCAAUGUGCUGAUUCAGAUAUGGGUGCCACUACGGAGAGGACUUGGCCUUGACUUCCACACAAAUCCAGAUGAUUCAGUUUCUCUUGCUUUUCCCAUUAACCCAAACCCAAACACAAACGUAAACCUUCGCUUCUUUAGAUGCCAUGAGUACCCCCGCCUUCAUUAUGAUCUCCCUGGAUCUUUGUCCCUUCCUGUCUUCGAAAGAGGCACUGCCACAUGCCUCGGUGUUCUUCAGAUCCUUAUCACAAACCAAACCAUCAUCAACUACCGCCCACAGCUUGAUCAGACUAAUGUCUGCAAUGCUUUCGAGCGUGUCAAUGAUUUGCAGGCUGUUGAUUUUAGGAGUUGCGAGAACUUCAUUCCACCUGCUGUAAAGGUGUUUGAGGAGUUGUAUGAAGCGGCAGUGAAUGAAAUCGUAGAGGUUUUGACGUCAGUGUGCAAGACGCACAAUCUGCCUUUAGGUCUGACAUGGGCACCUUGCAUCCAACAAGGGAAGUGUGGGUAUGGGCAUUCAACGGAGAAUCAUGUGUCGACAGUGGAUUCAGCGUGUUUUGUGGGAGAUGUGGGCAUGUUGGGAUUCCAGGAAGCAUGUUCUGAGUAUCACCUUUUACGAGGACAAGGAAUUGUUGGGACAGCCUUCACAACAACGAAGCCUUGUUUUGCUAUAGACAUAACAGCCUUUAGCAAAGCCGAAUAUCCUCUGGCUCACCAUGCAAAGAUGUUUGGCUUGCAUGCUGCUGUGGCUAUUCCUCUGAGGAGCCUUUACACUGGAUCCGCUGAUUUUGUCUUGGAGUUUUUCCUCCCAAAGGAUUGCCACGACAGCCAAGAGCAGAAGCACAUGCUCAACUCAUUAUCCAUGCUCCUUCAGCAAGCAUGCAGAAGCUUGCAUGUUGUCAUGGAGGAUGAGUUCACGUUGCCACCACAGCCACACGACAAUAAGGAGGAAAUAUCUAACAGAUUAUUUGCGUCGCAGUCUCAGUCUCAAUCGCAGGCAGAACCGUGUGGAAAAGAAUCGUCGUGGAUUGCACACAUGAUGGAGGCGCAGCAGAAAGGGAAAGGGGUGUGUGUGUCGUUGGAAUACUUGGAAGAGCCAAAAGAGGAGUUCAAAGUGACGACCAAUUGGGACAACAGUAACAGUCAUGAGGUGUUUUCAGAUUAUGGGCAAGUUGAGCAAAGAUGUGUAGAGGGUGUUGGGGAAGAAUCUCACACGUUCAGUGGACGGCGCGGGGGCAGAAAGUCAGGCGAGAAGAGACGAACAAAGGCAGAGAAGACUAUCAGUUUGCCAGUUCUAAGACAAUACUUUGCUGGAAGCCUAAAAGAUGCGGCAAAGAGCAUUGGCGUGUGCCCCACAACUCUGAAAAGGAUAUGCAGACAGCAUGGAAUAACGAGGUGGCCAUCAAGGAAAAUAAAGAAGGUAGGUCACUCUUUAAAGAAACUUCAACUUGUGAUCGAUUCGGUACAGGGUGCUGAGGGUGCCAUUCAGAUUGGUUCCUUCUAUACCAGUUUUCCUGAGUUGAGCUCUGCCACUGCCGAAUCAUCCAAGUCCAAGAAAAUGUCAAUGCAAAUGCCAAUGCCAAUGCCUAUGCCUAUGCCUAUGCCUAUGCACGAGCCUGACACCACCUUCUAUGGCCAUGGAGAUAACACCUUAAAAUCCCCACCUUCCUCCACCGCUUCCACUAUCAUCAACACUGCACCAGAUGUUCCUGUUACUGAUGCAUUCCUAAGGAGUGAACCAGACUUGCAUGCAUCAAUCCAAGUCCAACAGGAGGAUACAAAACAUUUCAACACACCCAACUUGUCUGAAAUUGCUUGUGCCUGGAACUCUCGAGCUCUUAGAGUCAAAGCUACUUUUGCGGAUGAAAAAAUUCGCUUUAGCUUGCAACCAAUUUGGGGUUUCGCAGAUUUGCAGCUUGAGAUAGCAAGACGUUUCAAUCUAAGCGAUGUCAGCAACAUGGUUCUCAAGUAUUUGGAUGAUGAUGGGGAGUGGGUCGUUUUGGCCUGUGAUGCUGAUCUUGAAGAGUGUAAAGAUUUGCAUAAAUCAUCUCAGAGCCGCACCAUUAGACUCGCCCUAUUUCAAGCAAAUACGUUCGGCAACAGCAGCCCAUCUUAA